AAUGCAUUGCCACGUUCAACUCAGCGAAGAAUGAAUGCACACUUUAACAAAUCCCUGGUUCCUGUAAAAAAAAACACGCACAUGCCAUGGUUCUGUUAAAAAUGAGUAUCUCUGAAUACGGUCGUGGCAACGUCGGUAUCAACUCGCCAUCUCCCCUCCAAACACACAAAGGUCCAUCACUUCCAUUGGCAUUACGCCCGGAAUUAAGGGCCACAGGUGUUGACUCCCUCGGCUGCGUCUGCCGGCGUAGAAACGAAAGCAUGCUUGGCAAAGAUCUUGAUGUCUGGGACAUGCUGUGUAGCGUUCGCAUGGACAAACACACGCGUCUCAUCGGGAAGAAGCGUGACACUGACGGCCGGGGGGGAGAGGGAUUACGCAACUAAUGAUCAUCGCAUAAAAUACCACCGUUCUACACUAUCAUUCAUUCGGGCGUCAGCAGUGAGCCGUGAAGGACGCUUCGAGAGAAGGAAAAAAAAGGGUGGCGAUUCGUCAGAGUCGCUGCUUAUUAGGGGCGGCGUUGGUUGGAACGUGACGUGUUGACAUGCAGGACAUUCGAUAGACACUGAUUUAGAGCGACCUAACCAGUCUGCUUCGGAUAGUCAUGAAUAUCUAGACACACACACAGAGAGGAGAGAGAGACAACAUUUCACGAGUUGCUCCGAUUUGCACGAUCGGCUUACGUACGGGUUCGCGAUAAGUUCCAAAGAUACACACAGGCGCGCACACGUGCGCCACUCGUCGCGUUCGGCAGCGAUGAAUUUCGACGACGUUCUCAAGAAGAUCGGAGGCUUCGGCAAGUUCCAGGUGAUUUUGUACACGUGGAUCUGCCUGCCGCACAUCUCCAUCGCGAUGCACAUGCUCGUGUCGGUGUUCGCGGGCGCCACGCCGGAGCACUUCUGCCGCGACCCCGCUGGGGGUCACGCUCAGGUGCCCUCGGCCACCACCACCACCGCUGCCACCACCACCACCACCGCUGCCACCACCACCACCACCACCACGGGGGAGUCGGCAGCUGCCAACGGGACCGCGUCGCGACCGCGGUGCGGCAGCCUCCUGAACGAGAGCGAGUGGCGGUCCUGCGCCACGGGGUGGGAUUACGACCGCAGCGUCUUCACCAGCACCGUGGUCACCGAGUGGGACCUGGUUUGCACGAGAAGUUACCUCAAUAACGUGGGCUCGUCCAUCUUCAUGCUGGGCCUGAUGGUGGGGUCUCCCGUGCUUGGGACCAUGGCUGACAAGUACGGCCGUAAGUCCGUCAUCCUCGUCUCGAUGGCAAUUCAGACAGCCUUCGGCCUCGGGGCGGCGUUCGCGCCCAACUUCGUGAUGUACGCCUUGGCCCGCUUCAUGGUCGGAGUCGCCAUCUCGGGCGUCAUCAUGAACGCCUUCGUGUUGGCCACGGAGUGGACGGGCAUCGGCGAGCGCAUGCUGGCCGGAAUCGCCACUCAACAGGCGUUCGGCGUGGGCUACAUGCUGCUCGCGCCCGUCGCCUACUUCAUCCGCGACUGGCGCCACCUGCAGCUCGCCAUCUCCAUCCCCGAGAUCCUCUUCAUCGCCUACAUCUGGCUGCUGCCCCGCUCUGCCCGGUGGCUCCUGGCGAACAAUCACCACGACAAGGCGGCGAGUCUGGUGCGCAGAGCAGCGGCGAUCAACGGCAUGAGCCUUCCUGAUGACCUCCUGAAGUCGGAGAUGCUGAAGCAGAAACUGGCGGCGAGCCCUCAGCAGGCCCACUCUGUCCUGGACCUCUUUCGCACGCCGCGGCUGAGGAAACAGUCCUUCAUUCUCUUCUACUCUUGGUUCGCGAUCACUCUGGUCUACUACGGCCUCUCGCUCGGCAUCUCCGACCUGGGGCUGGACAUCUUCCUCACGCAGUUCAUCUUUGGCGCCGUGGAGAUCCCCGCGCGCUUCCUCUUGCUCGUCACGCUCCCCAAGAGCCGCAGGAUGUCCCAGGUCGGCUUCCUGGCCUUCGGGGGCCUCUUCUGCAUCCUCACCGUGGCCGUGCCAAGCGACAUGCCCACCGUUCGGACCGGGCUCGCGAUGCUCGGGAAGUUCGGCGUCACGGCUUCCUUCGUCGUCAUCUUCAUCUACACGGCAGAGAUCUACCCGACGGUCAUCAGGCAGAUGGGCGUGGGGAUGUCGUCGAUGUUCGCUCGCUUCGGCGGGGUGCUCGCCCCCCUCGUGAGCCUCGCCUUCCCCCCGGGCCACGCGGGCCCGAUGGCGAUGUUCGGGGCGAUGUCCCUGCUCGCCGCCGCGCUCGGACUCGCGCUGCCCGAGACGGCCAACCGCCCGCUGCCCGACUCCAUCGCCGACACCGAGAGGAGGGAUGAUGAUGAUGAUGGGGGGGAGGAGGAGGAGCGGCGGCAGGGGCGGCAGAGCGAGGGGUGAGAACAUGUGACCUGUGCAGAGAAGACACUAAAGACGCGUCUCCUGACGGCCGCUCCGUGACCUUCAGGGACAAGACGUUCUGUCUGCUGUCUGGCCACUGGUGCAAGAUGUGUUGUGUCCAAGACCGGCCUUAAAUGUAAACGAUCGUGAAGUUAAACAAUAUGAAGUGUAACUUGAGCACGUGGCAUUGAGAAGAUUUCAGAGGCGCCAUAUUUCCCCCCAAAAACAAUUAUUUCGAAUCAAUGUUUAGUCACUGUUAAUGCCAUGCCACGUGGGUUUCACUGGAGGUGUAAAGAUGCAUCAAUGUAGUUAUAUCUACGUCUCAGCUCACGAUGCAUGCAUCCAAUUUCGUAUCAUGGGACCUUUUUCGCCAGUAUCAAUGUAUAAUAACAAUUACGUUUUUUUAUUCGUGGGUUAAUGUGACCCCUGUAGCCGCCAGAGGACGAUAUAUUCACUACAGUUUAAUGGUGACCCUGAAUCACGAUGGUUCUUCGAAUUGCCACAAAGUUCAAGGAUAAGGAACGGUUCGUUUUCAUGCAACGCCAGCCUCGCGAACCUCGCUGGACCGAAGCAAUACCGAGACGGGGUGGAAACGAGGCAAAUAGGAAUCUAUUCCUGAAUCAAACUGUGGUUCUGAUUUGUGACAAUUCAUAGACUCGCAGGGAGGGAUGAAUUGUUACAAAUACACCUCUGUGCUGCGGUAAGUUCCAUUAGCGGGCACCUAUGAAGGCCUGCACGGCACACGCGGGGGUUGGUGGCCAACACCAUGCCCGGUCGCCUUUUGUUUCCAUACUGGUGAUGUUUACAUGUUGCACCAGUUACUCAUUUGAGGCCGAGUCGACCCAGGGGAGGCUCAGGACCGGUUCAGGUGAUUGUCACGAAUGUUGGCCGGGGGGGGGGGGGAAUCGAACUCGAGUCGCCGGGUUUGUAGCGCAGCUUUGCCAACCACUAAACCACCACUCCCCAUACACACAACGUCCAGCUUCCAAACGCCCAAAGAUUACUGUUUGGAAGCCGGGUCGUGCCGUCAAUUCCACACACAAUUCCCGUUCUCAUUCUCCCCAAAUCAGCGUUUACCCAUGAUAUGUUUUCCAUAAAUCUUGUACCUGGACAGCGCUUUUGUCAAUCCACUGCUGGAUGAGGGUUGGGAUCUUGUAUCUUCUAAUAAAACGCAACAUCUGCGGACUUUGCAGCUACAAGCUUGUGUUCAUUUACACAGGCAUAAAAAAUACUCUCCGACUCUUGCAGUGCCAAUAAUAGCAAGUGCUUUGCCUCAAUUUUGCUUGCAAGUCAAAAAUAAACUUUUAGAAGUGCGCCGCAUGGAACCCACACCCGGACGUUCCAUCGUAGGCCGCAUCACCACAUUGACCUCUCAUACAAUGAGAGUUUCGGCAUCCGUUCUCGGUAGCCCAUGUAGAUCUCAAGGCUACCUUUCGACUCGGUCGACCGCAAAGCUCUUUGGUUGCUCCUCUCACAAGCAUUGGAUUGAUUACCAGCCAAAAGAUUGUGAAUUUGUUUAAGGAGCUCGACAAAGACACAAUCAGUUGCUAAUAAUUGUUUUUUUUACCCUUUUA